CAAAGACAGAGUUUAUUGAAGGACAGUGAGAAGAUGAGUGAUCCAGAACCCUGCAGAAUUAAACAGGAAGACACUGAAGAACUAAUAGAUGUGAUGGUCAAGGAGGAGAGUGAAGAUGAGGAGAAACAUCACGUCAAAAGUGAAAAUGAAACUCAAUCAAAGACCGAACACAGUAUUGUAGCAGUAAAAGCUUUGACCUGCACUCAAUGUGGAAAGAGUUUCAGACGGAAUUACGAUCUCAAAGGUCACAUGAGGACUCACACCGGAGAGAAACCGUUCACUUGUACUCAGUGUGGGAAGAGUUUCACACAAUUACCAUACCUUCAUAAACACAUGAGGAUCCACCCUGGGGAGAGACCGCACAAAUGUGAUCAGUGCAGCAAGUUAUUUUUCAUUUUUUCAGAGCUGAAGGAGCACCUUAGAGUUCAUACGAAGGAGAAACCUUCAUGCUCUGUGUGUGGAAAGAGUUUUACACGACAGUCGAGUUUAAGAAGACAUCAGAAGAUCCACACCGGUGUGAAAGAGUUUGUGUGCUUGGAGUGUGGGAAGAGUUUUGUUACAGCUGCGCACUUGAGACUGCACCAGAUGAUCCACACUGGAGAGAGACAGUACGUGUGUUCACACUGCAACAAGAGAUUCGGUCACUUAAGUGUACUGAAAGUACAUGAGAUGACUCACACCGGAGAGAAACCGUACACAUGUAGUCAGUGUGGGAAGAGCUUCACACAGUUAUCAAACCUUCAUCAGCACAUGAUGAUCCACACCGGAGAGAAGAAACACAAAUGUGAUCAGUGCGGCAAAACAUUUCUGAGGCCUUACGAGUUGCAGAAACAUCUCAGAGUUCACACAAAGGAGAGGCCUUACUCAUGUCCUGAGUGUGGAAAGAGUUUUACACGGCUGGCAUAUUUAAAUGCACAUCAACAUGUCCACACUGGCGUAAGAGAGCAUGUAUGCUUUGAGUGUGAGAAGACUUUUAUUACAGCGAAAGACUUGAAACGACACCAGAUGACUCACAUGGCAGAGAGACCUCACGUGUGUUCACACUGCAACAAAGCAUUUCGGGAUUUAGGAUGUCUAAAAUCACACGUAAAGAUCCACUCUGGAGUGAAACCACACAGAUGCGAUCAGUGCGGCAAGACAUUCUUGAGGGCCACACAUCUGAAGGACCAUCUUAGAGUUCAUACAAAGGAGAAGCCGUAGUCGUUCUUUAAAGGGCCAUGAAACCCCCUUGUUUCAGCAGGGUGUUUUCACACCUCUACUUUGGA